CUGUCUGACUGACAUAGACAGGAAAUGCAAAUGAGAUCAGUUAGAGCUGCUCUUCACACUCUCUUUGUAUUGCUCACAUUCAAUCUUCAAACCAGGCAUUUGCAUCCAAGAACCGAAACAGAUACAUGUCCUCAUGACUUGGGCUGCUAGACUUGACCUGGAACCAUGACAAUGAGCUUCUUCGGAAAAUUUAAAAACCACGGGCCUCCUGCUCCUCCCAGAAGGACAGAUGACAAUGCAGGGUGGCCACCGGAUGAGUUUGAAGAUGAGGAGGAAAGUGACAUGUAUGAAGCGCCUCCCUGUGAGCGUCCCCAGGCCAAAGUCCCACAGACACCAGUGGAAGAAGACGUAUAUCUAGACACGACGUCCAACCCUACUGCCCCACAGAGGCAGGCUGCUCCUCCACCGAGACCAGGAAAACCUUUGAAACCUCAACAGCGUAUUGAGCAGUUCAACUUUGAUCCCAAAAUCAAGAAACCACCGGAGAUAGACAGAACUGAGAAGCCUGGGAGGAAGAAGAUGAUGCCUCCUCCACCUGUCCGCCCAUCACCUGCUCCUGUCCCUGCAUCCAACACCGAGGAAGACGUGUAUCUGGAUCCUAAUGAAGAACAGGAGGAUAAUGAUGACGUGUAUUUAGAGCCUACAGCUGCUUGCUCUCCUGCCCCUCGUGCACCCAUGAGGAUGCCCCAGACUCCAAAGACAGCACUUGUUCCUUCUCCUAUACCUAUGAUGAAGCCUCCAGUUCCCAGAGCUCAGUCUAGUUCAUUAUUGCCUUCCCUUAAUGAGGUAAAAACAGCUUCUUCAGUUGAGGCGAGGAGAGCCACAUUUCCCACCAAACUCCCUCCACCUUCUCCCAGCGUUAAGCCCCCUCUCCCUGCUAACCUCAAGGAAGUGAAACCAAGCCCUCCAACUCCUCCUAUGGCUGACAUUAAGCCUGUAGUCUCCUUUGGCGCAGCAAGGGCAGCAAAACAGUCUGGGAAUGAGGCCAAAGAAUGGUUUGCUGGAGACUGCAACAGAAAGAAAGCUGAGGACUUCUUAAAAAAAGUUAACAAGGACGGCGUCUUUCUCAUCCGACACAGCUCAGCCCAGAGCGCCCGGCAGCCAUACACCCUGGCUGUCCUAUACCAGCAGAAGGUGUACAACAUCCCCAUCCGCUUCCUGGGGGAGACACAAGGUUUUGCCCUUGGAAAAGAGGGCAAGAAGAACGAAGAGAUUUUCGUCACCCUCGAGGAGAUGAUUUCCCACCACAAGAAUAACCAGCUGCUCCUGAUAGACAGCAAGAGCCAGGCCAAGCACACAACGUACUUAACCCACCCUGCACGCCCAUAAAUCUCCACCACCACAUGUAACACUACCACAUGUUUUAUCAUGUUUUAUUUCUAUCAGACGAAUGAGGUUAGAAUCCACAAUUGGAACGUUUUGCACUUGGAAAUACUAUCAAUCUACUGUGGGUCACAAAAAAACAAUAUGAAAUCAGCUGUACAGCUUGGGAAUUAAAUGUGACAAACAGUUGCUCCAGGCUAUAUAAUGACAAGAUCUGUGGAUCUGGGCUUUGUUGACAGUCACUGUAGGCCUACACAUGAAUGUUUUUUAAAUAUUAAACUAUGUCACAAAAGCCUUCCAAUGUGCAGCCGAAACUGAUCUCUCUCACUUUUUGCUUCUUGCUCAUUUCUGUUAUUAUUGGCAUGUCUAAUUAACCGCUGAGAUUAAUGUCUCCAUCAGACUCUAAGUUGAGGCACCACUACAGUUUUGGUGUGUAUCUUUUUAGUUGUUUAUUUAAGCUUGCUGUCUUUAAUAUUAAAAUAAACUGCUUGUAACUAA